AUGCUCGCAUCUCAGCGAUCUUAUCGGAUUUUCUGUUACGGUAUGUAGCCUUAAAAUUUUAUUUUAUUUUUCACCUUAUCAUAGAAAAAAAUUUUUAAAUUGAGUUACAAACAGUGUUUUUAUUUCCACAAAAAAUUUUGUGUGAAAUUACGAGAAAAUCAAAAUGUUUUUGCAAUUUUUGGGAUGAAAGGCUGCAUUCUGUCUUUAACUGGGAGUCGUUUCCACAAAAAAUGAACUUUUUCCGCACGAAACUGGCAAAGAUAUGGGCAAAAAGAGUUCUUUUUCUUUUCAUCACUCUCCGCAUUUUUCGUACUCUCUCGGCGCCCAAGAUUGCUGAAUAUUUCGUGCGGAAAAGUAAUUUUUUUUCUGAAAUUUGAACAACGUCAAAGCUCAGGACCCUCAGGCUCAGGGAAAAUAAUGAGUAUUAUGUCGCUGCGCCGAUCACAUCGCCCAAUUGAAAAGCAAUUUGAUUUUCUCCACGAAAAAAUUAAUUUUCGGCAAUGCGAUUUCCGAUGCGACAGAGUGUUCAUUAUUUUCCCGACAGACUGAUAUCUUUUUCUCAAUUUUCUUCUGUUCCCUCUCCAAAAUUGGAAAGAGAAAAAAUAAUUUCCCCCGUUUUCAGUCCUCUGCCUCUCCUGCCUCUACAUUCUCUAUCGCAACUCGCAGCUCAACCCCCUCAACAGGCGGAUUUCCAAGUCGGCGGACCAACUUAUCAAAGAGCUGCUCAACUUCCACUACUUCAACAUGACCCUCAAGAACUUCCAUCUGCGGUACUCAAUGACUGCGCCCAAAGUGAAGAGCUGCUACAAUACAACACUUUUCGUCGCCAUCAUGUCCACCGGCGACUAUUUAGCGCAUGCGCAACGAGCCGCGAUGAGAGAGACGUAUCUGGCGAAGGUCUGACUUGUGCUUUUGCUUUUUUGGAUGUUUGAACAGGUGUUUUUGAGGGGGGUGUUUGGGCAUCGUUAGAAAAAAUAUUAUAGCCAGAUUUGGGAAGCGAAUCUAAAAUUAUCAGUUUGUCGGGAAAAUAAUGAGCACAUUGUCGACAGACUGUUAUCUACCAAGUAAACUACGUUUUAUCUUGUUCGGGAUAACUCAAGUUUAUGUAAUUUUGAGCUUACCGAAACCCCUCUACUCAAAAUAUUUUUUCCACGGUUCGAGGAAAGGUGACGUGACCCCGAACUUUUGCUUUUCCAACUACCAAAGAACACAAGACCAACAGUUCUUGUUGAUUUAGGGUUUAAUUGUGAUGAACCUGUGAUUUCCGGUCCACACCCACUCAGCCUAAGCUUGAAAAAAAGUCGAAAAAUCAUAUUUGGUUUCGGGAUUAAGUUUUAACGGCAGUCAGCAGGCAAGGUGUUCUCCAAUGUAUACAUGAUCUAAAUUAUCGAUGAUUUGGAAUGCUAGUACACAUGGCUCUUGGGUCGGCCCCGGCCGUAAAUUGCGGCCCGGCCCGUUUCAAUUUUGUUGCGGCCCAGCCCGGUAGCCAUGUCUAAAUACUAAUAGAUCGUUGCUAAAGUCACUGGGAGUAAUUGUGGCGUUUGCGCUGACCAAGAAAGCCUAUUGCACAGUAGAAACAGCAAAAACUUCGCAUAGUACAAAGUAAAACUCUUGUUGCUGCAUAGUGCAUGUCGCAAAAAUCACUCGCAGGGUCGUUGAAAAAUCUUAAAGACUUUUUGCCGCGACCAGUAUCUGUCUGCCGGGAAAAUAAUGAGCACAAUGUCGGUGCGCCGACCGCGUCCCUGAAGUGAAAAGCAAUUUGAUUUUGCCGCGGCACAAUUCAUUUUCCCGUCAUUGAUUUUAGAUCCGGCAGAGUGCUCAUUAUUUUCCCGACAAACUGAUAGAAUGCGCUAACAAUCCUGACCGGGCCAAGCCAAAAGAAAAUUUGAAAAUGGCCGGCCCAAAGCCAUGGCUAGUACCCAGGACACACAUGACAAAAAUUCCUGUCCGCAGAAUCUUGCAUGUCAUCAUGUUUGGAGAGACUCAGGGGCUUCCCUGACCUUAAUCCGCUUUUCCGGCGCUCUCUCUCUCUCUAUUCUGCUUCCGGAAAUGUAUUCUUCCGGACAAUCAAGCGUCUUGGCCGUUCGAUUGGACAAAGAUGUUGGCCAUGUUUAUGCACGGGCAGCCAGUGUUUGACCUUUGGAUUUUUGGCUCCGCAAAAAACGUAGUCUGUAUUGUAGAAAACAUACCAACCUAGAACGAAGCUUAAGGCGAAAAUUGAAGCGAAUAGAGGCCAAGAGUACGGUAGGAAGAGGAAAAAUAUGUUAAGGAAAUUUCAGUGAGUCAGCGAACGCAAAUAAAAAUGUUUUGAACGGAGAGAUUAGAGAGAAGUUUUGAUGAUAAUGCAAAGAUUCGAAGGGAAAAGUUUAAAGGUAAAAAUAGGCGAUAAAGAAACUGCAGAGACAAAAUGCACUGUGCGCCGCGACAAAAAUCAACUCACUUUCGAAAUCGUGUAGUACCUCCUCCCUUGCCAGGGGGAGAUAAUACGCGUUUAUCCUUCAGCAAAUUUAAAACUCUAUGUGGUUGGCGAAAACAGGGGAAAGCAAUUCAUUUUUUUAGCAACUAAAUUUUGAUCCCCACGUUUUUCCUUUCAGGCCCCGCAACUCAACAUCAAUUACAAAUUCUUUAUUGGCUAUCGGAAUGACAGUCGAAUCGACCUGGUUACGAGGGAGAUGGAGAAAUACGGCGAUAUCGUGAUUAUCGACGCGUUUGACUCGUACGCCAACAACUCGAUCAAAUGGAACGCAAUGUAUCAAUAUCAUCAGAGUUUUUGCAGCCAAUCCCUCUUUUUCAUGAAGAUUGAUGAUGAUGUUGUUGUGGAGUUUGACCGGCUCUUCCAAUGGUUGGCACUGGACUUUGGCGGAAUCAUUACGGGCCUCACGGACUGGCUGGUUUGCCAGCGAAUUCAAGGCGUCAAACCUUAUAGAGAUAAGGGCAAUAAAUGGUAGGUCGUAUCAGUGGCGUAGCUGCCACCAAUUCUGGACUAGAGUCUUGGCAAAACUGGUGGACAGUUUUACACAAAAAAAUCAACGUUUUCCGUGCAAACUGGCAACGAUUUCACGAGUUGCAUGUGUAUGAGGGUCCCUAGUCUAGGUCCUAUCUUAGAUCCCAAGCCCAUGACGACUGCAAACACAAUGACAAACGAAUAACUAAGCCCUAGCUAAAAGGCACUUACGGCGAAAAAAUUCAAUUAUAACCUCACAAAGGUUGAACUCGGAUUCCAAGACGAGUUGACCAGAAAUACCAUACAAUAGACAAACAAAUAGUAGACAAUUUAUUGCACAAAAACGGUAUGGGGAUUACGUUGGCAAUCCCCCAAAAAAAGACGCGAAAAAACCUUUUGUCGGGGAAGAAAUGGGGAAUUUUUGGGGCGAGAGAGUACGUUUUUGCGCGUCUUCUCUGUCUUCUCUGUGAAAUGAAGACGAAGUGUAAAGAACCGACAGCGAAAAGUCUAUUCCGGUCACCGGACUUCUCAGUUUGACGUGCGUCGCACCUGUAAGCCUUUCCUUGUGACUCUAAAAAAGCCUGAGGGGCUAUCAAAGUGAAAAGAAAAAUUUCUUUUAUAUACACCAUUAAGAAUAGGACAUGUUACAUGACAUUUCAGGUACGUCUCUGAAGCCGAAUACCCGUACCAUUGGUAUCCGGUGUACUGUAACGGCUACACGGUGAUAAUGCCGAGUCAGACAGUGACAAAAGUACAUGCCGAAGCGAAGCGGCACAACUUUCUUCGCAUUGACGACGUGUUCUUUACCGGCGUCACCACGGAAGCGAUCCAAGUUCCGAUCGUGGACUUCCAAGGGGUCCUUCAUGACGUGAGUUGGUUCUUUUGCCCUUUGAACAUGCUGUUGACAUGCAUGUGAUCAGAGACUAUGGAAGAAGUGAAAGGCACUGUAGUCUUCCAGGCAAUAUUUGUCGUAUAUAAUGUCACCUAAGAAAAAUAGAGCAAUGAAAUAAAUUUCGUACGGUCUUUGAGCCUUCUAGCUAAUACUUACAUCUUUUGCUUUUCCUGGUAACGUUAAGCGUGACAUUGCACACGAUAAGAAAGUUCAAGACAGUAUUUGUCCCAUUAAAUGUCACUUUUCGAUGCCUGGAACUCUUUUUUCACAUUUUCUUCUUGUAAUGCGCUUCAUAUUUUCAGUUCCCCCUAGCACAAUGCCUCCAGAACAUUCCGUUACCGAUUGUGGCCGCAACUGGCCAUCAACUCAACCAGGUUUACGGGCAAUUCUUUAAACUUCAAUUGUGCGAUGACCUCUCCGAAGAAUACAGAAAAACCCCGGAAGCCAAUCAAACUGUAAUCCCGCCACAUGUUGAGGAAGACACGGAAACUUCAAGUUGA